UCCACAGAUCCAAUAUUGGGGCAACAAGUACGAGCUGAUACCGCCUCCAAAAUUGUGUGGGUCUUGCUUUCCCCUUAGCACCCCUCUUGGGAGUAACGCAGGGCAUGAAUUCCCGGAAACCAAAUCUUUUCUUAGAAAUCUUUAAUCGGGAAGAUGCUUUGUUACGCAUGGGAAGCAGCACUGCUCAUAAACCUUUCUUGAAGAAGCCGUUGAAUAUUAAACACUGGCUUUGCAGUAAAAAUGCUCAAGAAAGACCAAUGUUGGCGCUGUGAUACCAUUUGUACAGCGCCCGCUCCCAAGAUCUGCACUAGAUGCGAAGUGGCUUACUACUGCAGUCGAAAGUGUCAAGAUAGCGAUAUGUUUCGACACCAAGUGGAUUGCCAAACAGCUGCGUUGAAGAGGACGUGUUCUGGGUGUGCUAAGGAAAGCACAGGAUUAAAGAAGUGCGGUAGUUGCAUGAAAGCAUGGUAUUGUGGUCCGGCAUGUCUCAAGAAAUCCUGGCCGACGCACAAAAUAUGCUGUCACGAGAUAACAAAGAAGACAAGCGAACUGUCUGAUGAGAUGAAGAAAUAUUACGACUUCAUAAAGUUGACUCCAGGCACGGCAUUUGUUUAUUACUGGGGUAAUAUUCCCGCCGUGGAUCUGAUAAAUUUUCCCCUGAACGAAGGUUGUGAGUAUUCCAAACCGUUCUCAGCCCUUGUUUGUGGCGUUGGUGAUCCUCGAAAUGUCGUGCUGUCCAUCUCGCAACUUCCUGAAGCUUAUCAAGAAGAGCUCACCUUUGUUUUGAACGACAUCUGCGCUUGCACUCUCGCCAGGACGGUUCUUUUACUGUAUCUGCUAUUCAAAGGUGGGGAACAAGUCGCAAGUUCCGUGACGCAGAUCUGGUAUUCACUGCGACUCAGUGGAAAAGACCAGCAGCUUGUUAUCCGCACACUUCAAGAACUGAUCCAGGCAUCUAACCUUGAAGAGCUGACAAGAGGCGCGAUGAAGAUGAACCAAGACCAGUUCCAAAAACUUGGAAAGGUGUGGCGUACUUGGCUUGAUCUUAGUUCUCGCUCAGGAGACUGGAUUACAGAGGCCCGACGCAGGCGCUUUGAUAGUUAUGAUGCUAAGAUCGGAAUGAAGCUCUACUUAGAAGAAAUCCCAAAGCAACAUAAGAAAUCCGCAUCUGACUGGUUUGCAAACGGGAUUCUGUUACCCAGAGAAUCUAGAAGCGCGCUUCCUCAUGAGAACUUUACCCUCACAGGUUCAGACUUCCAAAUCAGUCGCAAUAUGGGUGCUUUCUCUUAUAUCCUUCAGUCAAGUGUUAAUCCAUUCACAUGUUGGGACUACAAAGACGUCCAACAACUGAGUCAGUCUGCUUCAAUUCUUAAGAUGUACAGCGAUUAUGUGAGUCUCGUUCUUAAGAAAUGCGCCUUAAACAUGGCCACGGGACAGGUGACGUUCCAGUUCCUGUUGUGCAACUGCUUGGAGAUGGUUCCGUUUCUUCCCCCAGAUCGGAAGUACGACCGAGUGACCACAUCCAACAUUGCUGACUAUGUGCCACUGGCCAAUCUACUGGACAUGUACAAGCCACUGCUAAACCCCAGUAACCCUUCCUCAGUCAUUGUCACCGAGUUCCAGAAUUGGAUUCAAUUUACAAAUUUGAUGGAAGAGGCAAAGAUACGUGCUCACAACAUGGUUCCCGGCGAUAGCUUUCGCAGAAAAGUCUUUGAAGACACCAAAAAUUGGGCAAUUGCGAAUUCUACCGCGAGGCAAGCUUUCGCGGAAUACCACGACCACAGUGAAGAGUUUAUCAUGUUCCUCCGCGCUGCUUUGCUGAUCUCUGAAGCGGCGCACGAGCGCAAGCACAAGCGCACGUGGAAAUCAGUAGCUGAGUAUAAUGGGUUGAUUGCACGCAACUUCCUUCGCUGCCAAAAUCGAGUCUUUCCCGCCAAGUGGCUGCUGAAUUGCCGUAGAGUCACCAUGUUGAAUGGAUAUGAGAGAGCUGUGGAAUGGAUUGUCAAAUCACGCUAACAAGAUAUACGCGAACGAUUCCGAAAAACAACAAACAAUGAUCAUCAUUUUCCUCGGACAUACAGGACUUUAACUGCAUUGAAUAUUAGACAGGACCUAAGUGUAAGAUAAAAAAGCCCAGUACUUAAGUUCUUUCAGCACAUUUUUUUUAUUUUGUAUCCACGCCGGUCCGUUUUUUGCCUUUUUAUUGUUGGAGUAUUUAUAAUAUAGCGAGUGCUAUUGUGUUA